UCUCUCUCGGUGGCUCCAGGGCUGGAGCUCUUUGCCAGGGCGGCCCUCUGGCCAUAGCCUUGUCCCCCUUCCUCCCCCAAAGGCUCUCUUUCCUGCUCAGCCCUGGAGGGAGGGAGGGAGGGGGGGUCCUGGCUCUGGGAGGGGGAGCCAGCCUUCUUCUUGGGGGCCGGUCCGUCUGCGCGGAAUCCAGCCCGGGAUUUGACUCCGCCUCCAGCCAAGCUGCUUUCCAGUGACAGAAGAGUUGGGACGGAGGAGACUAGUAGCAGGAGAACAGAGAGAGAGAGAGAGAGGCUGCGAGUUGGAAGUCCGCAUCUGCCCUCCUCCUCCUCCUCCUCUGCAGCCCUUCAAUGCUCCGCGGCGCUUGGGCGAAGGGCGCUUGCCUUCUGGACUCUGCUUUGGGUGAAAGCCGAGGAGGAGUUGCUCCCCGACCGCGGGGAGGACUUUUGGGAAAGCCCCCCAAGAAGAGCCUUCUCCGCUUCGAGCCCCGUCUUGGCUCUGCCUUCCGUCCCUCCUUCCUCCUUGGAGAUGAGGCGCCCGAACCAGCCGAGAGAUUAACCUGAGCCCCUCCCGCCCCUUCCUUCCCUCUGCAGCCGCCCCCUCCCCUCCCCCUCCCCUCCCUUGGCAAGACUGUUCCUCCGAAGAAUGGUGAGGAGGGAGGAGGCCAGAGGGGCUGCUCGAGCUGCGCGGAGCCAUCCCCCUGAAAUGGAUUACUAAAUGGGACCCUCCAUCCGCUAGCCCCCUCCUCUUCAGCGGCUGCCCCGGCUCCAGGCGCCGGCCAGUCUGCCCUCUUGUGACACACAGACUCAUUGCAACUGCUCUUACCAGCCAGAUGUUUAGCAAAGCAGUCAAAAUAAGGAAACAGUGCACAAACUGGUGUUAUGGGUGAAGUAAAGAAAUAGUCUCCCAGCUGAACUACUAUGAGGUCAGAAGCCUUGCUGCUAUAUUUCACACUGCUACACGUUGCUGGGGCUGAUUUCCCAGAAGAUCCUGAGCCAAUCAGUAUUUCGCAUGGCAACUAUACAAAACAGUAUCCGGUGUUUGUGGGUCACAAGCCAGGACAUAACACCCCACAAAGGCACAGACUGGACAUCCAGUUACUCAUGAUCAUGGAAAGAACUCUCUACAUUGCUGCUAGGGAUCAUAUUUAUACUGUUGAUAUGGACACAUCACACACAGAAGAAAUUUAUUUUAGCAAAAAAUUGACGUGGAAAUCCAGACAGCUCGAUGUAGACACAUGCAGAAUGAAGGGGAAACAUAAGGAUGAAUGUCAUAACUUUAUAAAAGUUCUUCUAAAAAGAAAUGAUGAUACAUUAUUUAUUUGUGGGACAAAUGCCUUCAGCCCCUCCUGUAGGAAUUAUAAGAUGGAUUCUCUGGAGUUUCUGGGACAGGAAUUCAGUGGAAUGGCCAGGUGUCCUUAUGAUGCAAAGCACGCCAAUGUUGCAUUGUUUGCAGAGGGAAAGCUUUAUUCUGCAACUGUGACAGACUUCCUUGCAAUAGAUGCAGUCAUUUACCGGAGCCUUGGAGAUAGCCCAACUCUGCGGACAGUCAAACAUGAUUCAAAAUGGUUAAAAGAGCCUUAUUUUGUCCAUGCAGUGGAUUAUGGCAACUAUAUUUACUUCUUCUUUCGAGAAAUAGCUGUGGAGUACCACAGUAUGGGAAAGGUCGUUUUCCCCAGAGUAGCUCGGGUUUGCAAGAAUGACAUGGGUGGAUCUCAGCGAGUGCUAGAAAAACAAUGGACCUCCUUCCUGAAGGCACGAUUGAACUGCUCAGUUCCUGGUGACUCCCACUUCUACUUUAAUAUACUACAGGCAGUUACAGAUGUUAACCAUAUCAAUGGCCGGGAUAUUGUUUUAGCUACUUUCUCCACCCCUUAUAACAGUAUCCCCGGCUCAGCUGUCUGCGCUUAUGAUAUUCAUGACAUUGCUAAUGUAUUUACUGGGAGAUUCAAGGAACAGAAGUCUCCAGAUUCAAUAUGGACACCAGUUCCUGAUGAACGAGUGCCUAAGCCCAGGCCUGGUUCCUGUGCUGGUUCGACAUCACUUGAAAAGUACACAUAUUCCAGUGAAUUUCCAGAUGACACUUUAAACUUCAUCAAAACACAUUCUCUCAUGGAUGAAGCAGUACCAUCAAUUGUCAACAAGCCAUGGUUUCUACGGACAAUGGUCAGAUACCGCCUGACCAAAAUUGCUGUGGAUAACGCUGCUGGACCAAAUCGGAAUCACACUGUGGUUUUUCUUGGAUCAGAGAAGGGAAUAAUUUUGAAGUUCUUGGUCAGGACAGGAACCAGUGGUUUUCUAAAUGACAGCCUUUUCCUAGAGGAGAUGAGCAUUUACAAUUCUGAAAAGUGUAGCUAUGAUGGAGUAGAAGACAAGAGAAUUAUGGGCAUGCAGUUGGACAAACGAAGCAGUUCCCUUUAUGUAGCAUUUUCAAACUGUUUAAUAAGGGUUCCCCUGGGAAGGUGUGAUCGCCAUGGCAAGUGCAAAAAGGCCUGCAUAGCUUCUAGGGACCCAUAUUGUGGAUGGAUGAAGGAAAGUGGGACAUGCAUGCAGCUAUUACCUGGAACAACACUAGCAUUUGAGCAGGACAUAGAACAUGGCAAUACUGAAGGCCUGGGUGACUGCCAAAAUUCGUUCGUAGCACUGAAUGACAUUUCAACUACUUCAUCAGAUCAUGAAAUGUCUUAUACAGCAGUAUAUGGACACACCAGUUCCCUCUUCCCCAGUACCACUACUUCAGACUCUCCAGGCCAACAGGGCUAUGAUGCUAGGGGGCGCAUGUUAGAUUGGAAGGAUCCAGUUGGUUCAUCUGAGAACACAAAUCCGUAUGUGGCCGUCUCAUCCCAUAAUCAUCAAGACAAGAAGGGAGUGAUUCGUGAGAGUUAUCUCAAAGGGCAUGAUCAGCUGGUGCCUGUCACUCUCCUGGCCAUUGCAGUCAUUCUUGCCUUUGUCAUGGGGGCUGUCUUCUCGGGGAUCAUAGUGUACUGCAUCUGUGACCAUCGCCGCAGAGAUGUGACUAUUGUGCAAAGGAAGGAGAAGGAAUUGGCCCAGUCCCGCCGGGAUUCAAUGAGCAGUGUCACCAAGCUCAGUGGCCUCUUUGGGGACACACAGUCCAAGGAGCCAAAGCCUGAAGCCAUUCUCACCCCCCUGAUGCACAAUGGCAAGCUUGCUACCCCAGGCACCACAGCCAAGAUGCUCAUCAAAGCUGACCAACAUCACCUAGAUUUGGCUGCUCUACCAACCCCAGAGUCUACCCCAACACUGCAGCAGAAGAGAAAACCCAGCAGAGGCAGCCGAGACUGGGAGAGAAACCAGAACCUUAUUAAUGCCUGCACAAAAGAUAUCCCCCCAAUGGCAUCACCUGUGAUCCCUACAGACCUUCCUCUCAGGGCUUCUCCUAGCCACAUCCCAAGUGUUGUAGUCCUGCCUGUUUCUCAGCAAGGCUAUCAGCAUGAAUAUGUUGAUCAGCCAAAAAUGAGCGACAUGGCCCAAAUGGCUAUGGAGGACCAAAAUGCUACCCUUGAGUACAAAACCAUCAAAGACCAUCUCAGCAGCAAAAGCCCCAACCAUGGAGUGAACCUGGUGGAAAACCUGGAUAGCAUGCCACCAAAAGUACCCCAGAGAGAAGCCUCCCUGGGUCCUCCGGGGUCUUCUCUUGCUCAGAGUGGUCUGGGCAAGCGGUUGGAAAUGCAUUCUUCUGCGUAUAAUAUGGACUACAAGAGAAACUACCCUACGAACUCGCUUACGAGAAACCAUCAGACAUCAACUCUCAAAAGAAAUAAUACAAAUUCUUCUAAUUCCUCCCACCUCUCGAGAAAUCAGAGCUUUGGCAGGGGAGACAACCCACCUCCUGCCCCACAGAGAGUGGACUCUAUACAAGUCCAUGCUGCUCAGGGUCAGACCGUGACUGUAUCAAGGCAGCCCAGUCUCACUACAUACAACUCACUGACAAGGUCAGGGUUGAAACGCACACCAUCCUUAAAACCCGAUGUACCUCCUAAGCCCUCCUUUUCCCCUCUGUCAACGUCCAUGAAGCCUAAUGAUGCAUGUACAUAAUCACCAUGGGGGUGGGGGUUGGGGAGGGACAGCAGGUGACCAGAGUAUGUCCUUAAAAAGCCAGUGUUCAGCAAUGUCCACACUGCUAGUUUCAACUAACCAGGAAGUUGCUAAGCUUGAGGAUGUAUUUGCUCUCUGGGAAAAGUGGCAUAUUUUUUAAUGAUCGGGCUACACAAUCCAUGGUUUGCCACUGUAGAGCCCACCCCCAUGAUGCAACAGUUCCUUACUCAAAAGACUAACCACAAAUGUUGAGCCAAAAGCACACACAUGAAUGAUGACUGUGAUAUUUCACUCUUAACUGCACAGUGCACCCCAGAACUGAGAAAUGGGUGCUUUGAAAGCAAAAGGAAUGGAGAGGAAAAGAACAACCAAUAACAACAACAAACAUUUGUUGAUUUAAGCUAACUCUAACUGAACUGUGGCAGACUCUUACUAUGCGCAGGUACUGUGAAAUGCCCAUCAGUGUUACAGCCAUUUGGUUAUAGCAGAUUGCCAUGUUGGGCAACAACUCUGUCAUAGGUUUCUGCUACUCUUCUCUUUUAAUGAAUAACAUGUGACUGUUAACGCAAGUAACUCCUAUUAUUUAUUGUUCAUCCUUUUUGUCUUUUUUUUAAUUCCUAAGGAAAUUACUUCUGCAUAUCUUCAUAUGAGCAGCUCUCUCAAGAAGGGGAAAAAUCCAACACCCAAAUGUUGAAAAAUAUGCCUAUUUAACGUGAAACCCAUUAACUGGAGUACUUAAUACUCUUUUUAUUUUUCCAAUAAAUUCACUGAGUUAAAUAAGAAUGAGGUGGAAUUCUGAACUUUGUGUUUGGGCUCUCUAAUCUCUUCCUGGAAAAUAAAACAAAAAAAAGGGUGGGGAUAAUAUUUAUUUCAGUGUGAGUUACUGGCUGGGUUUCCAGCCUCUAUGUCAGGCAGCAAAGAAAGAAGCAAACUUGCCCCAUCCCCAAAGUUCCUCUUUUCCUCGAGUAAGGUCCUGAAGAGGAAAUCCUUUGAAAGCUGCACAUCUCAGCUCCGUUGCUGUGAACAUGGUUUUGUCAGUAGGUAAAAUAACUUUCUAUGAAGGCACCAGCUUGGUCUCUGCCGUUUCAUUUCACCAAUGCAUGGGAGAUGACAAGCAAAAAUCCUCAAACAACGUGAACUCAUAUUCAUGUGCAAAGUUUUGCCAUACAUAGCUUGUGGUCUUACCACAUGGGUUUUUAUUUGUGGGAAUACAUCUGUGAAUAGCCUGUUUAUUCCACAUGUAAAUUUGUGCCUUACACCCUCAGUUGUGUAUAUUUGUGAGCUGUAGUAUGUACAACCUUGCCCGUCUCUUUAGAAUAAAUCAGAUUUCUAUUUA